AUGAAGACCACCGUUCUGGCCCUGCUGCUCGCAGCAACUGUCUUUUCUGACACUUUCGCCUGGGCUGCGCCAUCAGUCGACGCCGUCGUUCCUAGAAAUACCGUGCCGAAGAUGAAGAAGGGCCGCUCACAUCAGCAUCACGAAAAAAAGCCGACGUUCAAAAAGGGGUGCAACUGUCAAAAGCAAAUUAUACCCAAUAAAUUGAGCAAGCAAAUGUAUGCGGGAACAUAUGAAUGCCGUGGGCUGUUAUAA